AAUUAUUAUAAAUAAAAGGACCAGUCACUCAAAAGAAAACCCGAUAUAUAUACCAUAUUGAUUCUAGGUAACACCUUGUCCAAUCAAAGAUCAUUCAUCCAUACAAAUGCAAACUUUUAAUGUCACAGCAAUUCUUUCCCACCAACUAUGUUCUACUUUUUAUUAUUAUUAUUAUUAUUAUUAUUAUUAUUAUUAUUAUUAUUAUUAUUGUAAAUGCAACUAUGGUCUACUAGUUUCCAAUUUCCAAACUACAUUUUAGGGUAGGGUCAUGGUGCAUGUUAUGUGGUCAUAUGUUCUUAUGGUUUCCUAGAAAGCUCAUUAAUUAUAAAAUCACAAAAGAACAUGGUCCAUGGUGAGAGCUACUUGCCAAUUGCCAAUUGCCAUCAUCCCUUUAUACACAAUUCAACAUUAUUUUGUUUGUCACAUUUGGCACUUGCUUAAGAGAAUAAAAUUAUGUGACAUUGCAAAAGUUGUCAUUGAAGUAAAUGACUUAUGUUUCUAGCACUAAUUUGAAUUUUUCAAAAUGAAUCUAUAUUUACAGAUUGGAAACGCAGUGAUCAAUGAUGAGACAGAUACAAUAGGGAUGUAUGAUUACUUCGGAUCACAUGCCAUAAUUUCCGAUGAGACUGCUUCCAUAAUCCGAAAUGAUUGUAACUUUUCACCAAAUGCAAUCACACAACCAGAUACAUGCAUUGACGCUACAAAUGAUGCUGAUUAUAACAUUGAAGCUCUUGACAUCUACAACAUCUAUGCUCCUUUAUGCUUUGAUGGAAACCUUACUAGAAAACCAAAGAAGACAUCGUGGCAAAAUAUUGAUCCUUGUAGCGACUACUACACUUAUGCUUACAUGAAUCGUCAAGAUGUUCAAAAGGCUAUCCAUGCGAAUGUAACAAAACUCAAUCAUGAUUGGGAACCAUGCAGUGAAAUCCUUAAAGGUUGGGCAGAUAGCGCCACAACAGUUAUUCCACUCCUUAGGGAAUUCAUGAAGUUUAAGCUCCGCGUUUGGGUAUUCAGCGGAGAUACCGAUGCGAGGGUACCAAUUACCUCAACCAAGUACUCCAUUAAUUCCAUGAAGCUUUCUAUAAAAACCAAAUGGCAUCCAUGGUUUCAUCAAGGAGAGGCUGCUGGAUUUGUACAAGUUUACAAAGGAGAUCUAACAUUAGCGACGGUUCUAGGGGCAGGUCACCAGGUGCCAAGCUACCAACCAAAGAGGGCACUUGCACUCAUCAAGCACUUUUUGUCAGGAAAGCCACUAAGGGAUUCUUCAAAACGUUGAUAUGAUUCAAUACGUCUUGAUAAAUUAUUCUUUCACAAAAUCUGCAGAUGUUUUCUAUUGAUUAAUUGUAAUUAGGCCAAUUUAAUUGUUGAUUAUUGGUGAUAUAAGUCGUUUUUCAUUGAUUUUCUAGCCACCACAAACAAAUAAUAUGUUUAGAAGUUUGGAAUAUGAUGAAUUGUCUCGUAAUACGAUUGAGGAUUAAAUUAAUUUGUGAAUUAAUCGAUAGAUAUAAAUCCGAAUCUCAAGAUGUGUUUUUAGGAUGAAAAUAUAUCAUAAUGUAUAUAUUCCGG